AUGUCAAACGAUUAUUAUUUAACAUAUCGAAUUAUUGAUACAUUAAAAUAUUCGAAUUCAAAUAUUGAUGAAUGUCAAGGUUCUCUAGCUUAUUUAGUAUAUGAUAAUAAAGAUAAAAAUAAAACAAAAUAUGCUUUAAAAAUAGUAGAUCUAGAAAAAAUGACGAAUCUUAGUGAAUUUAUUCAAGAUAUAUUAUGGUAUAAACAAUUAAAUCAUUAUAAUUUAAUGUCACUUCGAGAUUGUUUUCUUAUUGAUACAAAACUUCAUCUUGUGAAACCAUAUGCUUCGUUUGGCUCUUGUGCUGAUCUAUUACGUGCUCAUCCUUUUGGUAUACGUGAACCAUUAAUUGCUCAUAUUAUGUGGCAAUUAUUACAAGCUCUUCGUUAUUUACAAGAUAGACAUAUUGUACAUCGUGCUAUUACUUCAAAACAUAUUUAUAUUUGUGAUGAUGGACAUGUUUUAUUAGAUAAUUUUUCUCAUUGUGUAUCCAUGAUAUCACCAUUUGAUGGAAAAUUAAGACGUCAUAUAUAUGAUUAUACAGAUGAUCUUAAAGAUGAAAUAUUAUAUUUAGCACCAGAAAUUAUUUAUCAAAAUGCAGAUGGAUAUAAUUUUAAAAGUGAUGUUUAUAGUUUGGGUACUGUUGCAUGUGAACUUGCUAAUGGUAGUAAUACUUAUAUUGAUAUGCCUUUUGGAAAUUUAAGUAUGUUAUAUGCUAAAAUGCAAGGUUCAGAACCCAUUUUACUUGAUCAAACUCAAUUAACAGAUGAAAUGAUUGCUCUUAGUGAUGAUAAUUCUAGUUUAUAUGUUGAAGAAUUAAAAAAACGACGAUAUACAAAAGAAUUUCAUUCAUUUGUUAAAUGUUGUGUAGCUACACAACUUGAAUCAAGGUAAAAAUAAAAUUUCAUUUAAUCCUUACGUAAAAGAUUUUUGACCGUCUAUAUUAAUCAUUAGAGAAAAUGAAAAUUUUAUAUUCGUUUCAUUUAUACAUAUUCAAAAAUUUUCUCUGAUUUAUAAUUGAUUCAUUGUAAGCAAAUAUCUUUUAACAAAUCAAAAAUAGUUUUCUGUCAGUUCUUUGAAUGAUAUUUUCAGGUAGUUUUGACGUUCUGUUAUUAUAGAGAAUUUUAUUUUUCUAAUAAACUAUGCACAUUUUUCGAAUAGUUCUCGAAACGGACCGCCCGCCUCGGCCGAGCCUAAACAAUGUUCGAACCACUUGGGUCGGGAUAUAAACAAGUGGCCUGAUAGUUACUCUUUAUGUUACACAGCAUUUAAAUUUAAUCUUCUGUAGUAAUUGGCAAAAAGUCAAAUGAGUUGAGCAUGUUGUAAAGCAAAAUUUGGUCUGCAAAAUAGAGUAUAAAAAGAUUUUUUUAUGGUUUGGAUUAAGGUAGAAUAUGCUAAACCUCUUUCCACAAUAGAAAAUCCGAAGUCUUCUAUUGUUUUAGUAUUUUAGCUCGAAAUCCUGAAAAUUAGACAUAUUUUGAUGUAAAUAUACUAAUUAAAGUUCGAAUUUUUCGAGAAAUUUAUUAAAUAAAGAGAGUCUUUAAUAAUUUCCGACGUAUCAUUUCUCCGAGUGUUAACCCUUUACCCCCCGUUGGUCACUGGAGUGACCAUUUGUAGAAUGAUUGCAGAAACUAAAGGAAGCAUUGGAUUCAAAAACGAUAAGAACCUUUUUUGUAUCAAACUUCAUGAACUAUCGAUUGGUAAAAAGAUCAUUUCUCUUCAUUGCUUCGUUACUGAAAUAUCGGGUCUACAAAAUCUAUAAUUUUGAAAAAAUGAAAAAAAAUCGAAAAUUUAGAAACAAAAUUUUUUCUACUCGUAGCCAAGAGAGAUUUUUUGGAAUUGCUGUGUGAUAUUAAUUGAUGAAGAAGUCCUCUGGCGAAUUAAAUAUGUUUCCAAAGUUUCAUAAGAACUUCACGAAUUACACAUACAAAGGGAUACAAUUGAUCAUGUAGCCACUAUCUCGUAGAUGGAGGGUAAUCAAGAAGGGAGUUAAUACAUGUAUUAUAAAGCUCAACUCAUGACAAGCCGAAACCGUAUGUAUAAUGAAUUACAUUUCUUCAGAGGUUAUGAAACGGCUGGAAGCAAACUAGGCUACAACUUGACAACACAUGUAAAAAAAUAUGUGUAUACUUUGGUUUUAAAUUUUUCACUUCACUCCUUGCCUUUUUUUCGUCACU